AUGCAAUUUUGGAGUGCCUUACUCAUGAGGAGCAAGUUGUGGGUCCAUCCCGCAAAUCCUCCACGGUCCAUUAUUGGUCAGCUGCUUCAAGCGUUGCGAUCAUCGAAAAUCUUGAACCGACACUCACAGAAGUCUUCAACUCGCACACAACCUCUCUCUUGUCCACCGUCCACGCCGUCACGUACCGCACACACACAAACCGCAAAUAUGAGUGCCCAGCAGAUCUCCAUCGACAACGCCGACCUCGAGAAGCUCAGCGACAACGAUCGCGGCGAGCUGCGCCAGUUCCUCGCCAACGAGCAGCAGCGCUCACAGAUCCAGGCCCAAACCCACAGCCUGACCCAGAUGUGCUGGAACAAGUGCGUCCAGGGCAGCAUCAAGAACAACAAGCUGGACAAGGGCGAGGAGACUUGCCUUGCCAACUGCGUCGAGCGAUUCCUCGAUGUCAACUACCUCACGAUGAAGCACCUGAACGGCAUGCGCAAUUAA